GACCCACUACAAGCAAGUUCCCACGAGUACAACCUUCCCAGAAACUGAUUGAACGACUACAACAUCUUCAAAAGUAGAAAUGACUCAGGCAUUCGGGGAAAUCGUCUUUCGCACUCGCUAUAGCGACAUCGAAUCAUGUCGAAGGGAAGAGUUCUGAGCAUUCAGUCGCAUGUUGCGUUCGGCUAUGUUGGGGGAAAGGCUGCGGUGUUUCCCCUCCAAUGCCUUGGCUUUGACGUUGAUGUAGUGAAUACUGUCAACUUCUCGAAUCAUACUGGGUAUGGCCGCUUCGGAGGAUCCAGAACCACCGCGGAAGAAUUGUCUCAGAUGUUCCGUGCUUUGGAAGAGAAUGGGCUCCUGAAACCUUCCCGGCUUCUCACUGGAUAUAUCGCUGGAGCGGAAGCCCUCACAACAGUAGCAGGCCUAGCAAGUAAGCUGCGGCAACGUGAUCCUCAGCUAAUAUAUGUCCUAGAUCCGGUGCUUGGAGAUGCUGGUAAACUCUAUGUGGCACCGGAGUGCGUGCCCAUAUACCAGUCCAUGUUACCUCUCGCCACAGUCAUCACCCCAAACUGGUUCGAAGUCGAGGUCCUGACCAAAAUCAACAUCGUGGACAUGACAUCCUUGAAGGGUGCACUCCGCGUCCUGCACGAGCAAUACGGCGUACCGAACAUUAUCAUAAGCUCUAUGAUUCUCAAGCCCUGGCUGAAGGAGGCCUUGCCUGACCACAUACGGCCUUCCAACGCGGAACAAGACCGAGCGGAUUAUCUGCUCUGUCUUUGUUCAACGUCCAGCAACACGGAGAACCCGGACGAUCUCUCUAUGGUCCAUGCAUACGCCAUUCCCUGUGUCCCCGGAUAUUUCUCUGGCGUCGGUGAUCUUUUCUCAGCUAUGGUCCUUGCGCAUCUUGAACCCACGGUCUCCCCUGCUGACCUGGAACAGCUGGGCACGGGCCAGACACCGCUGUCGUACGCCACCUCCAUGGCGGUUACCAAGACGCAUGCGGUACUCUCGGUGACGUACGAGUACUCGCAGAGCCUACCGGAGGACGAGCGGUUGCCUACGGAUGAUGAGAAGGAUAAGGAGGACCCGGAGCGCAAGAUUCGGAGGAUGAAGGGGAGGGAACUUAGGCUUGUGCAGGCGCAGGAUAUAAUCAGGAGUACAAGCAUUGAGGAAUGUCGGCGGAUGGAACCUUGGACGACUUUUUGGAAGUUGUAGUCUAGGGCUCGGCAUAGAUUUCCGAACUACAAAUUAGAUAUUGCUAUUGCUCAACUGGAUGCCCAUGUACUUGGAUGUCUAUAUCUUGCCUAAUGUCUACCUCGAGCCCCUUGAAUUCCCC